UCACCAACCCCAACGUUAACCAAAGACAAUGGUUCACUGCGCCGGCUGCAAAAGACCCAUCCUGGACCGCUUCCUGUUGAACGUUUUAGACCGGGCUUGGCACGUCAAAUGCGUUCAGUGCUGUGAAUGUAAAUGCAACUUGACCGAAAAGUGUUUCUCUAGAGAAGGCAAGCUCUACUGUAAGAACGACUUCUUUAGGUGUUUUGGUACCAAGUGCGCCGGCUGUGCGCAAGGCAUCUCUCCCAGCGACCUGGUCAGAAGAGCCCGGAGCAAAGUGUUUCACUUGAACUGUUUCACCUGCAUGAUGUGCAACAAACAGCUCUCCACCGGUGAGGAACUUUAUAUCAUUGACGAGAACAAGUUCGUCUGCAAAGAAGAUUACCUGAGCAACAGCAACACUGCCAAAGAGAACAGUUUGCACUCAGCCACCACUGGCAGCGACCCCAGCCUGUCCCCGGAUUCCCAAGACCCCUGCCAGGAUGACGCCAAGGACUCAGAGAGCGCCAAUGUGUCUGACAAGGAGGUGGGCAGCAAUGAGAACGACGACCAAAACCUGGGGGCCAAGCGGAGGGGCCCCCGCACCACCAUCAAGGCCAAGCAACUGGAAACCCUCAAGGCGGCCUUCGCUGCCACCCCCAAACCCACCCGGCAUAUCCGUGAGCAGCUCGCCCAGGAAACCGGCCUCAACAUGCGCGUCAUCCAGGUUUGGUUCCAGAACCGGCGCUCCAAGGAAAGGCGGAUGAAACAGCUGAGCGCACUGGGGGCCCGCCGGCACGCCUUCUUCCGCAGCCCGCGACGCAUGAGGCCGCUGGUGGACCGCUUGGAGCCCGGCGAGCUCAUCCCCAACGGGCCCUUCUCCUUCUAUGGAGAUUACCAGAGCGAAUACUACGGACCUGGGAGCAACUACGAUUUUUUCCCUCAAGGACCGCCUUCUUCUCAAGCUCAAACGCCGGUUGAUCUCCCAUUUGUGCCCUCCUCGGGGCCAUCCGGAACACCUCUUGGGGGCAUGGACCAUCCUUUGCCGGGACACCAUCCUUCCAGCGAAGCCCAGCGUUUUACAGAUAUCAUGUCCCACCCGCCCGGAGAUUCGCCAAGCCCGGAACCCAACCUCCCCGGUUCGUUGCAUUCCAUGUCGGCGGAAGUCUUCGGACCGAAUCCUCCGUUUUCCUCGAUAUCCGUCAACGGUGGUGCAAAUUAUGGCAGCCAUUUGUCACACCCGCCUGAAAUGAAUGAGGCCGCGGUAUGGUAGCUUUAAACGCUGGGACUGGACUCAGGCAGAAAUGGCUGAACAACAUCCAUCCUGCUUAUAUUGAGGUGUACAGAAACGAGUUCAAACAAAUAGAUCAUUUUUUUUCCUGUCCUAAGACAAUAUAUUCUGUUUUUGGGGGAGGGGGUUGCAUUUUUUUUCCUUUCCCCCAUCUUUUUCUUUUCUUCUUUUCGUUAGCCUUGGGAAUUAACUGAAUCAUUCGUUUCAGAUCAAAGCCCAGGGAAAUUUUGCUGUAGACUGGGGACAAUCUUCAUGAUAUAGACUCAACUGGGAGGAAAAGGAAAAGAAAAAAACGUUUUGUACCGCGUGAAAAAGACACUGAUGAAGUGGAUGUGUUUCAAUACUGCCAUAUAUUAUGGGAUGGCAUAUACUGGGUACCCGUGUUCACUAGAUGAUCACUCUAGGAAUCAAGAUAAACUUUUCUCAGAUAGGAAAAGAAACUAAUAUUGAAUUAAAACGCAAGGUCAACUACAACGAGGAAAAGCUUCAAGGAAUUCUAGCAAUUUUUAAAAAAUUAUGGUUUAUCGAUUUGUUAAUUUUGCCUCCAAAAAUUGAACAUGAUCCACGAGGACAGACUUUUCAAGCCUCAGAAAUGUCAGAUGGGGCAAAUAAAAUGUAGUUUAUUUUGUUGUUAUUUUCGGGAGGGUUUUGAGAUUUUUUAAUUUUUUUUUUUUUUUGGCCAAAAUAGCAAAUAUUUAAAUGUAAGCCCUCUGCAUCAACUCUUCUACCUUCUCCACGAGACACACACCAAUAAUCCUCAAAACCCAGAAGUCUUCUGCUAGACUUCUAAGUUAAAAAAAAAAUGACUUGAAAUGAACAACAAA